AUGAUUGGAAAAAAAUCUGGAGUAGCUACACAGUUAAUUAGUCAAUAUCCAGAUUUAGUAGUAUGGCACUGUUCUAACCACCGUUUAGAACUAGCAGUCCAUGACGUACUGGAGGAAGUUGAUGGCAUCAAUCAUUUUAAGAUAUUUUUCGACAAGUUGUAUAGUUUAUAUAGUGCUUCGCCAAAAAAUCAAUACGAAUUAAAACGAUGUGCGGCAAAUUUAGACGUUCAGCUGUAUUCUAUAGGACGUAUACUCGACACACGCUGGGUUUCUUCAAGUUUAAGGUCAGUAAAAGCUGUGUGGAGCAACUACAACGCCCUGUAUCAACAUUUUGACAACGCUUCCAUUGACAUGUCAAGGCAAAGUAAGGAAAGAUGCACAUAUUCUGGGUUGAAAGAUAGGUUAACUGAAACCGGAUUCGUUUAUAAUUUAGGAUUAUUGUAUGACGCUCUUUCAGAACUUUCGUAUUUAUCUCUGGAAUUACAAAAACGUAACAAAACCCUUCCUGAAGCUCACGCCUUAAUUACACGACAGAUUCGCGUGGUAGAAUCAAUGAUUGAUAAUCCAGGAAUAUACCUUAAACAAGUAGAAACCUCUAUAAAUGUACUUGAAUUUCGUCAUGUCAAAUUGCACAACGGUAGAAGAGUGACUAAAAUAAAUAGUGCACAGUUUUAUAGAAGCCUGACUAAUAAUCUGAAGCAACGUUUACUAAGAUUUUCUUCUCACCGAUCAGGAACGGAACCACAAAUUUCCGAAGAUUACAAUAAAUUUGUAAAAACUUUAGAAAUAUUUGACCGUAACCAGUGGCCCCAAGAACCCAGCAUAAGGUACGGAGAAGAUGAAAUUCGAGUGUUGUGUGAAAAGUUUAAACUAUCUGGUCACGACUAUGUAAGAAGCUUUCGCGAAUAUGUAGAUUCUGGCAUUGUGUCUAAACCGUUAGAUUUGCUGAUGAAAACUGUUAAUACAUUAGUUGUUUCAACAGCGGAGUGCGAACGCAUAUUCAGUGCAAUGAACAUUAUUCAUUCGGAUUUAAGAAAUAAACUAAAAGUAACUACAGUGUCUUCAUUGCUAUUCAUAAAAUGUGUUGGUCCACCGCUUCCCCUAUUUAAACCUCAAACUUAUGUUAAAGCAUGGAUGUUACUAGGACGCCGUGAUGCUGAUUAUACGAAAUGUGCUGCACGUCAGAAGGACCAAGCUCCAAAUUUGACAACUGAAUAUCAACUUCUGUGGGAUCACCUUAAUUAA